UAAUGAUGUACUAUGCGUUAAACACACAAACACGCACAAUCACAUCGGUUACGAGCUGUCAAACGGCUUUAGCGUGAUGCUCUUAUAAAGAUAUUUUGGUGAUUGUUAAAUAAUUCCGAAAUAGACGAUCCGAGAAAUCUCCCUCUAUAUCUGUAAACUAUGGAAAUACGGGUGAAAUCGAGUUCGAGUCGAUAAGAGACCGCACGUGCUGAUAACGGAGGGUUCAGGUGGAUUUUACGAGCUGUGAAUUAUGAGCUGGUUCGGCAGAAACGCAGCGAUCGGUCUCGGUGUCGGAGUGACGAUCAGUACCGGUCUGAUCGCGUUAUUAAUCAUUAAAGAGACACUGAGGAGAAGAAACAAGCGCCUGUUGGUGCAUGACACGAGCACCGGGCUGCUGGACGACACGGUAGAUAGAGCAGCUCUCUCUGCCGCGGUGAGGGGUUUGCCCCCUGAACAGCAAAUGGAGCUGUGGAAGACUCUGGAUGAUGUGAUGAAGAGUGUGUCCAGUCUGCGUAAUGAGAUCGCCGAGCUGCGCGAGGGUCUGAGUGACAUCACCACCACCAUAGCUGAGGACGUAAAAAAGACUCUGGAGGAGAGUCGGAAAUCUAGACGAAGACGCCCGUUCCUGCCAAGGGAGCGUUCUGAUUCCAUGAGCUCCAGCUCCAUUUAUUUUACCGCCAGCGCAGGAGCCGCCAGUAUGUGUGACGACAGUGAAUAUGGAUACACCACGGCAUACUCCAACGCUGAGUCCGACUACACUGACAGAGAGACGGAUAAAGAAGGUGAGGAUGAGGGAGACUCAGAUGAGGAGGAGAGCUGCGUCACGGUGCUCACACUGCGUCAGGAAGAUUCCCAGCCGGAGGACGAAGAUGAUGAAGAUGUGGGAAAGAUAGUGGACUCUUUGUUUGAUGUUCCCAGCACUGAACUUGCCCUCCUCCUCGCCCAGUCUGAUCUACUGCAUGCAGGGGAUUCUGGGAAAAAAGCAGAGGGCUUCCAGUUGUUAACAGACAACAGACCGCUGUAUGAUGAUAAUGUUGAGUUUGUGUGGCGAUUGGCUCGUGCCUACAAAGACAUGUGUGACACUACAGACAAAAGAGAAGAUAAGAGAAACUACGCUGAACAAGGUCAUUAUGAGGCAGAGGCGGCAUUAAGGAGGAACGGACUGAGCGCAGAGUGUCACAAAUGGUUUGCAGUCCUGGCACAUGUGUCUUCAUCAGAGAAUGAGAGCAUACACGGAAAAGUAAAAAGCAGUUGUGUACUGAAGGAUCAUUUGGACCGAGCCUUGGCUCUGUGUGAUGAUGAUCCCAUUUGUUUCUACCUGCUCGGCCGCUGGUGUUUACAGAUGACUUCUCUAAGUUGGUUGGAAAAGAAAACUGCUGCUACAGUUUAUAAAACUCCUCCCACGUCCUCGGUGAAUGAAGCUUUGGAGAACUUUCUCAAGGCGGAAGAGUUAAAUCCGGGCUCCUCCAAAACAGUGAGGCUUUAUAUUUCCAAGUGUCAUAAGGAGCUGGGAAACAUCUCAGAGGCCAGAAAUUGGGUCCAGUUAGCUUUAAGCACAUCAACUGAAACAAAUGAGCAGGACACUGAAAAUGCUGCUUUACAAGAAGAACUAAAGGCUUUGAUUGACAACAGCGCUGACCUAUCAACAAGCCGUUUGAAUAUUUAGGGUGAAGCCCAAUAAAUUAUCCUCAUGUCCUGUAGAUUUCAUCUGAUAUUUGCUUGAUUUAACAUUGUUACAAGCACCAUUUGCAAUGGGUGUGCAUUGUUAAAAUAUAUAUUUUUCAUGCAGCAACCUGAUAAAUUUUACUACUAUAAUGUGAACAUUUUAUCCAUAUCUCUACUUCCUACUCAAAACACUGCAUUUCAUUCCCAUGUUAAAAAGUAACUUUGAAAUCAUUCCUAUUUUUUUAUUUAAACAUGCUUAUUUAAAUAUUUUAAAUGUAAUUCAAAAAACUACUUGCUCUUUUGUUCGUGUUUGAUUUGAUGCGUGAUGACAUGAAGUGAAUCCCUAAAAUAUGACAAUAAAAUACCACACACACACA